UUGGUUGCCUUACGCCCAAAGAGGGACAUCUUAUCUCGUCUCGACUCUGCUGCAGGUCGGCCGACAGAACUUGAAUCCGAUCAGUGCCACGAACACUUUUCACGCAACAGCAUUACGCCACGCCGAUCUGGUGGCAGGAUUGACGUGCACUUCGUGGCAUUGCAGGCCGUCAACAUGUCACAUGCUUGGUGUGGAAGUGUCGAUGCAGCAAAUGUGCAUUUUGGGUGUGCAGUUUUGGUUGGUUUGAGGACCCUUUUGGGUUGGUUUCACGUGCCUUCGCAAGUGGGCACCAACGACGGCCAGAGCUGGUGGCAUAAAAUGUGUAUUUGCUGUCAUAAUGGACAGCAUGAACUUGAAUUGGUAGGGAGCAGUCUAUCCGAGAUUCGCCAGCCUCUCCUUCCGCUGAUGAUGAUUCGUCCACGAUGGUACAACUUGCGCGAGGGAGGCAAAUGCGUCGAGAUUGAACUGUGA